AUGACCCAUGAGCAUGGAGAUGGUCGUGAUCAUAGUAGUAAGAAUGUCCGUGUGGACACUAGAAUGGACGAAUGCUGCCAUCCAAUCUAUCAAAAUACGCACAAAUAUCUCUUCCCACCUUCACCUAAUUGGUAUUACUCCAAGAUCUGCGAUUGGGGAAGAAGUGAUGCAUUUGGAUUAGUAUUUGCCUUUGGAGCCAAGCAUAGCGUCUUUAUUUAUCAAGUGAAGGAAAAAGAAGCACAAGAGACAAAUGGAGAUAUGAUUGUUGAAUCAACAGUAAACGUUGAAUUCUUUGCACAAGUUGUGCGUGGAAAACGUGAUCGUCGUGUGACAACAGUCACGUUUCUAAUGGACACGACAGGAAAGCUUUGUCUUAUCUGUGGUGGUGAGGAAGGUAGUGUGCAAAUCUGGGAUGUGGCGACAUUGACGAUGAUAGAGCAGCAUCGAAAGCAUCUAGUGGAGGUGAUGGCUGUGACAGUAUCUGCCACGUUGGAUGCUAACUUUGUAGUGGCAGGAGACCGAAAAGGACAGAUUAGCGCGUGGGACCGUGAUGUUGGAACAGUUUCGGUCUUCAUGCCAAUCGCAGGCGAUGGGAUUCACUCCAUGGCUAUUUCACCGUACGACAAAGCAUUGAUAGCUGUAGGAUACCGAAGUGGAGUGCUGUGCGUUGUGGAUGCAGCUAAAAGAACCGUGCGUCACCGUCUUUUUGGUCAUGAUCAGGAAGUUCAAUGUGUGGCGUGGAAGUCGACAGUCAAAAGCACACACCCUGCUGGAGAAGAAGAACAAGAUUUAAUUGGUUUUCCUAACCAAGAAGUAUGGCUGGCCUCCUCGUCUCGGGAUAAAACGAUUAGAGUCUGGAAAGUCGAAUUGAGUAGUGCGGAAGAACCAGUGUUGGACCAAAUGCUGCGACUUCCAACGGGAAAGCAGGGCGUGUCGUAUACCCAAACCAAGCAGCUAUGGCUGCCUAUUGCCUGGAGUUUGAGUGGCAGUCAAAAAGCAGUAGACAAGCAUAUUCUUUGGUCAGGGUCAUUUGGUGGCGCUUUACUUCGUUGGGAGUGGAAUGUAACCAAGAUGGAUGCUAAGGGAACAAACAGAAAUAAUUUCCGUGCACCUUGCAAACCAAUUGUUGUCAAAGGUGGUCAUAGUCGCACGCUCUUUAGCAUUGUGAUGGUACCUCCUCGGGGCUCUACAGCUGACGAAAACGAAGCCGUGUCUAUGCUAACAGUUUCGCUCGAUCGGGAACUGAGGCUUUGGAAAGAGAAUGUAUUUUCAAAACCUUCAGCAGCAAUUUGCGUGCACAAGCUGAGUGGAUUGGGUGGACAUGCAUACAGCGUUUCCUACAACGCAGCAACGGGCAUCGUGGCUGCUGGCAUUGGGGAUCAGACAAUUCGGCUUUGGUAUCUAGGCAUUGAAAAUUCAUCCGUAGCAAGCGCCUAUCAGUGCGAUCUGUUGUGGAAAGGGUUGCAAAGCAAGAUCACUUGCGUUCAAUGGCAUCCAUUCCAGCAGGCUUUGCUGGCUUAUGGUAUGGAAGAUGGGCGCAUUGGGGUAUACAACGUCCACGCAAAGACAUACAAUUAUUUUCGCACCAGUCACGAUGAAGAGGUUCGACAGCUUCGGUGGAUCGUUCGACAGCCAAAGAAGGCUGAUGACGUUGGUGAAGACGAAAGCUUAUUUCUUACAAGUAUCAAACAAUUAGAAGCUGCACAGGCGGAAGGUCAGAGCCUUGAAAAUGCAUUGAUUGUUCAAGAAAGCCAAAUAAGUAAGCGCUGCAAUAGAGAUGAUUUGAUAGUCUGCUUAUGGAGCUGCGACACUGGCGGUACACUCUUGGAAUCGAACGCUGACGUUGUUGACCAGAAAUCGCGUGAGAUUAAGCUAAACAAUGUUGCGUUUGAGUGGGAUGAGCAAUGUAAGUUUGUUGCUAUCGGGUGCGCUAAUGGUGUUGUGGAAGUAAUGCGAUGGGAUGAAAGUACUUACGGCAACUGCAGAAUAGUAUGUCGCUUUCACGAACAUUUGGCGUCCAUAACAUGUCUUGCGUGGGGCAAAGGUACUGAUGCUUCCUUGCUGGCUUCUGGAGACGAAGAUGGAAAAAUAUUCGUCUACAGCUGCGAGCACGCUACUUCUUGGACAACGCAAGCAACUGGCAACUUAAUUCAAGAUGGCCGUCUUCUCGGUGGCUUAGCAGGUCACUCAAAUAAGAUUUUAGACUUACGAUGGUGGUUCUGCGACGAAGUCCAGUCUUUCCUCGCCUCAAGCUCUGCAGAUGGAACUGUUCAGGUUUGGAAUCUGGCAUCCUUUCAGAGGGAAGCGUAUUUCAAUCAUCAUGUUGGCCGCGUCCUGUCGCUGGACUGGGUACUGCCGUACACGCUUGUUUCAGGUGGCGAAGACCAAACGCUGCGCUUUUGGGAUAUUAGAGAGCAGCAGAAGGAGCUACAGCCUAGGUUGAAGAAGCAUGGCAAGGUGAAACAACCACAGAAUGUCCAAAUAGCAUCAACACUCGCGGCUCAAGCUACUGUUGUUAUGCAAAGCGGAGACGCAGCUAACCCAACGACCUUGCAAGAUUCAUUUUCUACAGGCCACUGCAACGCCCAGCUUUUGAUCAACAAGAAGUCUAAAAAGAGUUUGUUUGUUUUUCAUUCCGCCACGACGCCUACGCCAACAGAAACUGCUUCAGCGUGCUGUAGUGUAGCCGGAGUAAAACAGAAAACGUCUGACACCACACCUGGAAAGGAUGCCGACGAACCGGUAAACAACCUUCUCGCUUAUACUGAUCGCGUAUCCCUUCAGAGUUUCUUCGCUUCCGAAUGCAAACGCUUUCGAGAAGAAGGGGAAUGGGAGAGUCUGGCGAAUACUUUGCUGAUACAGGGCAAGAUUACUGAGGCCCUACGAAUUGUAGCGAAGGAAGGAGCUUUGACACCAACGUGGCUAUCGUACGCUCCAAUGGCCGGCAUGGAUGUAUGGCGAGAAAUGACGAACCUUUACGCCCACCAACUUGAUGCCCAGGGUGACAAGAAAGCGGCAGCAUUUUAUUUCCUCAGCAUUGCAAAGGUUCGUUCUGCAGUUGCCUGUUUGGUGAGUGCUGAUGCUUACGAGGAGGCGUUAGCACUCAUUCGAUCAAGGUUAGGACCUUGUGAUUCUCUUCUUUACGACACCUUGUGGAAAUACGCCGAUUCCCUUGGAAUGCGUGGUCAACAUGGAGAAGCAGCUCUAGCCCUUCUGAAUAUUGGUUCCGUUGCGGCGAAGGCACGGGCUGUUUAUACGCUUGUGAAUACAGGUGAUAUGAUCUAUGUCAGAACUGCUCUAGAUGUACUGCAAACAGAAUUGGAAAAGCAUGAGAAGUUUGCGGGCGAGUACGAUAGAGAUUGUCAAGAUGUUGUCGACAAGCUUUCAUUUCCUGCAAGCUUUUUCAUCUCAAUUGCAAGUCAAGCUCUUGUGCAUGCGCGUCUUGAUAUUGCUGAAACUGCGGGAUACUUGCUUCAAUCUUAUCGAUCUGGGUCCACGUCCUCAUCACCGCAUGAUCGUUUGACAUGGUGCCUGCUUGGUAUUCUAAAAACAUAUGAUGAGCAUCAACUAGCCCACUGUGUACUCAAGGAAUUUGACGAUGACGUUGUGGCUAAAAGACUUGACAAUCUGCUCCAGUCUGACGCACCUGAAAGUGUUCGCGAGUUUUUCAAAUUCUUGACAAGUCGAUGCAUGGACGAAAAUGAUAGUGAUCGCUUUUAUGACGUCAUGGUUGAACAACACGCUUUUUCAAACCUUCCGAAAAGGAAGCAAAGCAGGCAGUGGCUGAUGGGUCGUACCGAUCAUUUUUGGUUUCAAAUAUUGAGUGUUUGUCGAAGAUGUGGGUACUGGUUUGAUAUCGACGGAGAUGUUCAUAUUCAGGAGGCACAAGAUAUCUUAGUUGAAGCAAGCUGCUUCAGCGAUAUUGAAAAGGCUGUGGCAGUAUGUGUGGGUACAGUAAAGGAUGCCUCUGCUAUCUUGUCGUUGCAAGUGGGUCAGAAAUUACUACGGUUUGUCAUGGAUGUAAUGAGCACGAGUUUUAUUGGCGCUCUGGAGCACAUGCGGGAGGUUUUCUUGAUUCUGGCGCAAGACAAGACCUUGACUAGCACUCGUGGCACCAACGUAUCCUCAAUUACUGAAAGCGUUUCUCCUCCGAUAACUCGCACUGAACGUCUUGAUAUGAUGAUACUGCUAUAUGCGGGCGGUUUUGCGUCCCCGAACAAGUCACCACAGUGUGGUGAGCUUGCAGAGGAGCGACUCGAUACACUUGUGCUGUGGAGUUCAAUUUUGCUAUCACAAUGCAAGCUUUUUGUGGCAUCUUUGACACGAAAUUUUGAGAAAAACAAAUGGAUUAACGAGCAGGAUGUAGAGUCUCGGAUUGAAUCAUUGCUGCAUCAAAUUUGCUUUUGGUUCCUGCAUGACAAAGCCAGAAAAUCAUUUAGUCAAAGUUUAAUGGAUGCUGGGAAUCAAUUGCAGCUUCAAAUGCUGCUGAAUGAGAUGCUUGUGGCAGUACAUAGGCCUACCGCAUGUCAGAUACAAGACGUGGGAUGUUGCGUUGAUGAACAAUCUCAGCAAAACGAAGACACAAGCAAGUAUUUGUCGAAAAAGCAAGCUCUCAUAGAUGCCGUUGAAGAGAUGCGAUUGCGGCUUACCUGGAGUAAUGAUGGUGACAAGCAGUAA